AUGGAUGACACAACAUUGGUAGAAAGUUCCCCUCAAAAACCACAAGAUAAAGAAAAUAGAGCAGAUACUGUCCCAACAACUAAAGUUACCCAGAGUUUUCUUGUACCAACUAAUUUAGGAUUACCUAUCAAAAAAGAUAUUACGAAGGAGUAUUCAAUUGGCAAAAAACAAGUGAAAAAAAUAGAAGAGAAAAAACUCAUAAAGCAUUUGAAUAUUCAAUGUGAGAAAUAUGAUCUAAAAAUAUUAUACAAAGAAAAAACAGAAUUACAAAAAGAAAUCACGCAAUUAAAAACUGGUAUUCAUAUUUUACAAAAUUAUGAGAAAGAACUUAAAGUUAAAGAAUUGAUUACUAAAUGGAGGGAUGUGUGCCAGGCAGGAAUGUCAUAUAUGUAUAAUUCGGCAGCCAUCAAAAUUGAUAGAAUGGGUGGAUUUGAAGAGUUUAGAAGAAAAGAGUUAGAGAAUGAGAAGAGAAGAUUAGAAUAUCAAAUGGAUGACAGUCUUCAACUUGAAGUAGAUUCUAUUCUUGAAUCCGAGGAAUUUAACAAUUUAACAAUAGAUGAUCAAGAAGAGUAUAAAACACAAAUGAAUGAAAAAUUAGAAGAAAUGGAAAAAAUGAAAAAUUCUAAAUUGGAAGCUCUGGAAGCAGAGAUGGAAAGUUCAAGAAAUCAAACUUUUACGAUGCAAGAAUUAGCGAAAAGAUUAAAAGUGGAUUAUAAAUUUAUUUUCUUAGAAGAGACUGAUAUUGAUUAG